AUGAACGGCAUUGACAUGGUCGUGGAGGGGCCAUGGGGGGCCGUGCAGGGCGGUGGGAAGAAUGUCCAGGAAGAGGGCAGGGCCUGUGCCAAGGCCCUGAGGCAGGAAUGGACUGGGGCCUUCAUUACAGAGGAUGUCAUUGUCACAGCUUCAGGGCUCAUGGUGGUUAGUGACCUCAUCCAUGGGGCUGUCCGUCUUCACACUGGGCCAACCUGGGAGUGCCUGGCCCCAGCCUCAAUACUGGCUCUGCAGGGCACCUGCUGGAUGGGCCCAGGGCCUGACAGCCACGUGGUGAGCAAGGAGUUUGGGAAUGUGCAGCUGUUUGGCAGCCCAGUAGGUGUGUGCUCCGACUCAGAGGGCAGCGUUGUUGUGGCAAAUCAACAGAGGCACCAGGUGACCCUGUUCUUCCAUGCUGGGCUACCCAUCUGCCUGGUUUCUGAGGGGCUGAGGUGGCCCCUGGGUGUGGCCUGUGUGCCCCAGGAUCAGCUCGUGAUGGCGGAUGCCAAGGACGGCUACCUAAAGGUGUACCGGUACCUAGAGGAGCUGUCCUGA